CUUCUUACGCUGCUUCUCUCUCAAUCAAUUUUAGAUUUUCUCAGACUGCUCUUAGACUUGAAGUAUCCAAUUCAAUUUCCAGAACUUAAUUUCUUGUUUGUAGGGUUAAAUCAUGGUGAUGUUUUUGAGAAGUCAUGCUAAAAGAGAAGAAGAAGCAGAAAGGAAAAAAGAUUACUUCAAGUUUCUAGCGCUGGAGAUUAUAUUGGAGAUCUUAACCCGCUUGCCAGUGGAAUCAGUUCUCAAUUCCAAAUUAGUAUGCACUAAUUGGAGAUUUGUUGUUGGUCAUUCAUCAUUUUCCAUGAUGCACGUUCAUCAUCAUCUCAAUCAUUCCGCUGCUGAAUCUGCUGGUAAGAGCACCCGAUCCCCUCCUUGUAUCAUUGGGGCUGAGAUUCCAUGGAUGUCUGCUGCAAGAAAGCGCGAGGAAGGGAAAUCCAAUAUAUGAAAAAUGCCUGUUGAGAAGAUUUAGAUUUGUAUAAAACAAGCUGACAGUGGAAAAAUAUAACACCAACAUUUUGUCCUUUGUUCGUUUCUAUGUUCUGAAUUGUCUAGACAGCUCCUAUCAUUAUUCCUUUGUAAUGUAUGGCGCUUGAGGAAAAUUUGAAGGCAGCAGAUUGUGACCAGCCUCUUCGGAGUAUGAAUAUAAAGAGAGAAGGAAGAAUCUUGGAAAUUUACAGGUUUAUUUGUGAGUUUUCAAAGCAGAGAAAUACUGGUUUGGCAAUUUUAUUGCUUAAACUACAGUCUGUAAGCAGUUGGAUGAGUUUCUUGUGUGAAACUUGUAACUGCUCAAAUUCUUCAGUUGCAGUUUUUGAGUAAUUCAUUCUCAGAGUCUUGAAAUUCAGUAAAAUUGUUUCGUUGUACAUAUGCUUCCAGCUCCUCUCUGCUUACUUGCUGCAUAGGCUCACAUUCUUCUGCCUUCAAUGCUAGUUUGAACAACUGUAUUGAAACUUUGUGCAUGUCACUAAUUUCAGAUAUCCAAGUCCAAUAUUACUAUAUCAGAAAAAUCAGGCAUUGUCCUGAUGGUGUCAAUUACAUCCUGGCAAUACUACAGGUGCAGUCAUGUAUGAUGGGGUUGGACUUGGACUCAUUGAAAGAAAGUUUGGGUGGAAUAAGUAAUUUCCCUUGUGAUAUUUUUUUAAUAUUUUCUUAUCAGUUUACUUUGACUGAGAGUAGAAAAAGAGGAGAGAGGGAGGAGAAAAAUCCAAUCAAAGCAUUUUCAAUCAAUCUUCUGUUCAUCUUCCUUCAAAUCCACCACCACUUGAAUCAACCCUCUGAAGCUCUGGAUCUUCUCCAGUAAUGGCAGACACCAAUUCUAUCUCAAAUGAAGAAGUUGUACAUGUUCCUACGCCUCCUUGUCUUAGCAAGGCUGAGCAUCCGUGGAUGCUCACAAUGGGAAAGGAAUGUCUGUCAUAUGAAGAAUGUGUCUUGAGAAAAGUUAGAGGUAUAUUGAACAAGCUGACGGUGGAGAAAUACAAACUUCUAAGAGGCCAGCUUAUUCGUUCAGGGAUCACAACCCCGUGCCUCUUACGGCAGGUUGCGUCUUUGAUAUUUGACAGGGCCGUGAGUGAGCCGACGUUUUGUCCAUUGUAUGCUUUUCUGUGUUCCGAGUUGUGUCAGUACCUCCCAUCAUUUCCUCCGGAUGAGUCUGGAGGAAAAGAAGUCAGGUUCAUGCGUAUCCUCAUGAAAUAUUGCCAGGAAGCUUUUGAAGGUGAAAAUAUGAUGGCAGCAGAGAUCAGGCAGCAUGAUAUGGCUGGUGCAUCUAAUCAAGAUUUUGAGUGUAGAUAUAAAGAGAGAAGACGAAAUCUUGGAAAUAUACAAUUCAUUUGUGAGCUUUCGAAACAGAAAAGAGUGUUCCUGAGGAUUGUGCAUUUCAUGCUUAAGCAUUUGGUGGAACGAAGUGAUGGUUGUGGGGUAAAUAUUGAGGCAGUAUGUUUAUUACUAAAUACAGUUGGUAAGCAGUUGGAUGAGUUCUCUAACGAGUCUCAUGUAGUGAAUGAUACUUACUUUGGAUGUCUGGAAGAGAUGCUUAAUACGCACACCCAAUUCGAAAGUCGGCUGAAGUACAUGCUCCGUGAUGUUCUGGAUCUCCGGGCAAACAAUUGGGUGCAUCCAAGACAUAAGGUGAAAGAUAAGACCAUUAGUGAGUUAAUCCGUUGUUCAACGGCUGAAGUUCUUGCCCGCCUCCGUCUAGGUGCAACUACUACCACGAAUACGAGAAUCCUGGUGCGGGACGAUUCAGCUCCAUGAGUUGACCAAGAUUUCACCAUUUCUGAAAAUAAAUGUUGCUGGAUUCAAUGAUGGUGACUUGAAGUUCCUUUUGUCAUCAGUGGCAACAGGUGAUUAGUUCUAUAGCUACCUAUGUGUGUCCGAAUCUUUGCUUACUAUGUUCUUUUGUUACUUAGUGGUGGUGGAAGGACUGCAGUUGGAUUGAACCUAAUGCAUAUUCAGUUCAACUGCAGUUGAGAUGAUUAGCCUCCUUUUGAAUGUGCAUUAUGUAAUCUGAUGCAGGUGAAAUGAUUAAUAUUUA